CAGUGCGGCAGGAAAACCCGCAGCGGCGGCAGGCGGAGAGAAGAGGAAACGGGGGAGGGAUAGAGGGUGGAGUGGAAGGAUAAAGGAUACAGAAAGGAAUAGAGGGAUAGGAGGAGUAGCGGCCCAUGGACUAAUCCAAAGAGGAGGGGUUCGGCUAAUAGAGCGCUGUCAAGGCCUUGGAUCCGAUGUCUCCUUUCAAUCCCGAAAUCCUUUUUGGAAAUUUCCUGUAGUCACAUACGAGGUAGUAGAGUAAUCGGGCACGACUCGGUACAGGGCAGCGGCAGCCAAAGCGGUAUAUGCAGCCUUCGUCCCCUAGCGAUUGGUAAGCAGUGCUGCUGCCAGCGGUCACACAGUCGCGGUGAUACAGUCGCGGUGAUAGCGGACACUCGAAUUCGGUGGCUUCCCACUCGGAGCUGAUGGUAUUGGCGGGAUGCGUGGCAGCAGGUCAGUGUGUAAUGGUCCACACAGCAGAGUAGGAUGAGGAGAGAGCGAAAUACCGUAACGUAGCGACUAUCGCAUCUCUCCGUGCACGAGCCCUAUCCAGAGGAAUUCCCGCUGUCACUGAUUUAUAGACAAUCUCUGGCUGCUGCUAUGGCUUUGCCUGCAGAGUAUUCCGCUUGGCAGCAGCAUCUGCCCGGCACCAGACCUUCUGCUUCUUCUUUCCAUUAAAAAGAUCGCACGUAGAAGGUCAUUGCUGCGAAAAGGAUCACUGGUCGCAUCUCCGUGUUUUUUGUGGGCCUUUAUUUGGUUUAUCAAUAGAAAAUGUGCACAUGAUCACUGAGUGAUCAACAAGAUUCCAUCAAUAAUUACUCAUCAACAUUUACAAUUUAGGGACAAUCAGGAUCAAGUGAUGUUCAUACAUUAAAGGAUUGAUCUGAAGUCUGGCAGAUAUUGGGAACACUACAAUAUAACACUAAAAGUGUUAGAAAACAAGGGCAACACCCCAGCAAAGUCUUUCUGGACAUUUAUUUAUUGUACAUGAGCUGGCUGAAUCAACACUAACAUUAGGCACUGACAGCUAUCUAUUCUCUGUUCUUCUUACUAUUCAGUUGAAUGACGUCCACUCAUUGUGGUUUAGCAUCAACACCGAGGGUUGUGGUCCCACUUGACUUUCAUGUAAGAAGUCACAACUAAACGAUAAUUUGGGGUUAGACAUAUCCCAUACUGAUCUCUGUUAUAACUACAACAAAAGGAUAACCUAACCCAACAGGAUUUAUGAUCUAAAACAUGUAAGAUUGAAGACCAGAAAAAUCGUAACCAUGGUGGACAUUGCCGAAGGAGGUCAGGAUGUGAAGCGGACCUUCAUUGUGCCGUCCAUCAAGCCCUUUGACCACUAUGAUUUUAAUAGAGCUAAAGCUGCCUGCAAUCUGGCAUGGCUGGUGGCCAAAGCCUAUGGAGCAGAAAAUGUCCCCAAGGAGCUCCAGGAGCCAUUUUAUACUGACCAGUAUGAUCAAGAGCACAUGAAACCUCCUGUUGUGAACCUGCUGAUAUCUGCAGAUUUGUACUGCCGGGCCGGAAGUCUGAUCUUAAAAAGUGACACAGCCAAACCUUUGCUGGGACAUGAUGCAGUUAUUCAAGCCCUGGCACAACGUGGACUCUAUGUCACUGACCAUGAAAAGCUGGUGACCGAGAGGGACUUGAGGAAAAAGCCUAUCCAAAUGAGUGCUCAUCUUGCAAUGAUUGACACACUGAUGAUGGCUUACACAGUAGAGAUGGUCAGCAUUGAGAAGGUCAUUGCCUGUGUGCAUAAGUAUUCUCCCUUCUUCCAAGCUGCUGACCUGCCUUACGAUAUUGAGGAUGCUGUCAUAUACUGGAUCAACAAGAUGAAUGGACAUCUGAAAGGCAUUCUUGAGCAGGAGCAAAGAUUGAAAAUGCAGCAGAGCCUAGAUCCCAACACUACACAGAAGUCUACUUCCAAAUGGUUUUGGAAACUGGUCCCUGCCCGGUACAGAAAAGAACAGAAUCUAUUCAAACAGCUUCCCUGUAUUACACUUAUGGAAAACAUCCUUAAAGAUGGAACUGAUGGCUGUGCAAUAUCUGCACUUAUUCACUUUUAUUGCCCUGAGGUUAUCCGAUUGGAAGAUAUUUGCUUUAAGGAGUCAAUGUCCUUAGCAGACAGUCUGUAUAACCUGCAGAUAAUACAGGAAUUCUGCCAGGAGUACCUGAAUGGAUGCUGCCAUUUUACCUUAGAAGAUAUGCUGUAUGCAUCAUCCUCCAUUAAGACCAAUUACUUGGUGUUCAUGGCUGAAUUGUUCUGGUGGUUUGAAGUGGUGAAGCCCUCAUUUGUUCAACCGCGAGUUCUCAAUCCAUAUGUUGCUCCACAUCUGAACAGAAGAAACACCAUAGGAGCCUCAAGUAAUCCAAGAAGCCAACAACCUAGAUCUGAAUCAACGGGAUCCGCAGUUAUUCGAAGGUCAUCAUCUAUGUCAUAUGUAGAUGGUCAAGUUGGGACAUGGCCUAAGGAGAAAAGAUCAUCUGUCCAUGGUGUUUCCUUUGACAUUUCGUUUGAUAAAGAAGAUGGGAUGCAAGUUACAACUCCCAGCAGACCAAUAAGGCGAUCCAUAAGUAAUGAAGGAUUUUCCCUCAACAUGGCUCAUGUGCCCAAGCACAAACGUAAGAACCUAUCCUUCCAGCCUAUAAAUGGGCAGGGCAUAGAUGAAGAAUGGAGACAGGUGUUGCCUCACCAUAAUGUCACAUCUACUAUAAGUGACCAGUGGGACUCGGAUGAUGAUGGAGAAAAAUACAAGCGACGCAAUGGCCCAGUCGAAAACCAAGUUGAUGAACGCGACGGUCAAAUUGAAGCCCCUACUAUUGAAGAAGCUCUGAAUAUUAUUCAUAACCCAGAGAAGACAUCAGUCACUGGAAAUCAAGCAAACAAUGGGUUUUUUCUUCACAACCAUGAUAUUAAUUUAGGUCUACAGUUGCCACAGCUUGGUCUUACAGAAGCUAACCUUGACAUCCUUGAGGAGACAAAAGGUACUCAAAGCCCAGUCACUGAUAACACUGAAGUAGAUACCGGAAUUCAUGUUCCAUCAGAAGAUAUCCUAUUAACUAUGGAUGAAGACUCUUCUUUGAAAGACUAUACUGUUAGCUUAGAUUCUGACAUAGAGGACCCUUUAAAAGUUCAACAAGAAUUUGGCUCCCAAGUAGGUAGUAUCAGAGAGCCUGUUAGCCCUUGCCCAAGUUCAGUGAGUGGAAAAUCCCAAGCCGGAAGUACGGCAUCUUCUAGUUCUGGUAUAAAAAUGACUAGCUUUGCUGAGCAGAAGUUCAGAAAGUUAAACCAUGGUGAUGGUAGGAGUAGUGGAAGCAGCUCCCAGAAGACUACACCAGAGGGAUCUGAGCUAAAUAUUCCUCAGGUGGUAGCAUUUGGCCAAACACCAGAUGAAAAUACUGUUCUGCAAGGAAGAGACACCACACAGCUGUUGGCUUCAGAGGUGGUGCAAUUGAGGAUGAAACUGGAGGAAAAAAGAAGAGCUAUUGAGGCACAAAAGAAGAAAGUAGAGGCAGCCUUUACUCGUCAGCGGCAAAAGAUGGGCAGAACUGCAUUCCUUACUGUGGUGAAGAAGAAAGGAGAUAUAAUAUCACCUCUUCGAGAAGAACCUGCAGGUGGUGAAAGUGAUAAAGCAGCUUCUGAAAGUGAUAGUGACCAUUUUACAGACAAACCAAAAGUAAACUUAAAGGUAGACCAAAAGCAAGUAAAAUGGCUAAUGUCUCCCACAACACCAGGAGAUCCUGAAAAGCCUUGGAAUUUAACAAGUCCUAGUGAAGAAAAUAUGGGUGAAGGAGAUAUAUUGGAAUAUACAAAGUCCGUUGAAAAGAUGAAUUCUUCUUUGAAUUUUCUUCAGCAAGAAAUGCAGCGUUUGGCCCUGCAGCAGGAUAUGUUGAUGCAAAUGAGGGAAAAACAAGCAUGGGUCAUCUCACCACCCCAGCCCUCUACACAAAAGCAGUUGCCACCACGAGACACAACAAAGCAAGCAACAAAACCCUCUGUGACUUGGUCUCCAGCUCCUUGUUUUGCUAUUGAAUCUCCUCGUCCAGCUCAUAGGUCACCACAAAUGCCCGCAAAAAAGACUUUCUUAUUUCCAGCCAAAACCCAGAGAAUCCCUCGUCCCAAUGAUCUUAAAAUAGCACCUUUAAAUCGAACAUUGACUCCUCCUCAGUCUGUGGAUAGUCUUCCCCGCCUCAGGCGGUUCUCCCCUAGCCAGACUCAAACAAGGUCAUUUGUAUGUUUUGGAGAUGAUAGAAAACCAACAAUAAAUUCUCAAGAGGCUAAGGACUCAUGCCUUGCAGAUGAAGUAGCUUCACAAGAUGAGUACAGAUCAGAUGAGAUUCCUGAGAAAGAAAUGUCAGGUGUGAUUUCAGAUAAACAUACUGAAGUUGAAAUCAGACCCAUUGAAUCCACUGUGUCUGAGGUGCUGUCUCAACCCAUCAUAGAAACUGUGUGUGUCACACCAAAUGAUGAACAGUUCAGUCAUCAAAGUCUGUCUGCCUCCAAAAAUGGUAGUCUUAUUGAAGUCCCACUUUCUAAGCUGCAGGCCCAAGAUGAGACACCUGAGAAAAAUGAAUUGGAAGCUGACAAUGAGGAGAACAUUGAGGACCAGAAAGUGUGUUGUGGUUUCUUCUUCAAGGAUGACCGCCAGGAGGAAAAUGACAUGGCUGCAAAACGAGCAGCUUUGCUGGAGAAGAGACUGCGCAGGGAGAGAGAAGUUCAGCAACGAAAACAGGAGCAGGAAGUAGAGCUAGAACACAAGAAGGAGGAAGCCAGACGUAAAACAGAAGAAGAACGUAGUAAAAAGGAAGAUGAGAAGGCACGAAGAGAGUUUAUCAAACAGGAGUACCUGCGCAGGAAGCAGCUCAAACUUAUGAAAGAUAUGGACUCCAUUAUAAAGCCUCGAGCCAACCUUGGCAAGCUCAGAAAACCUCGCCCUAAAUCUAUCCACAGAGACCAUCAGUUGGAGUCCCCUAGAACCCCUGUGAGAGCUCCUCCAGUUUCAAGUCUGUCUUUGGCGUCUCUGAACACAGGUGACAAUGAAAGUGUACAUUCUGGGAAAAGAACACCAAGUCCUUUUAGGUCGGAAUCAGUAGAAGGAUAUCUCUCUCCUGGUCCUUGUGGAAGUCGUAAUGGUGAAAAAGAUUGGGAAAAUGCCUCUACUACUUCUUCAGUGGCUUCUGCAACAGAGUACACAGGACCAAAACUUUACAAAGAGCCAAGUGCUAAAUCUAACAAAUACAUCAUCCAGAAUGCUCUCUCUCACUGCUGUUUGGCUGGGAAAGUAAAUGAAGGCCAGAAGAACAAGAUUUUAGAGGAAAUGGAAAAAUCCAAUGCCAACAACUUCCUAAUCCUCUUUCGUGAUGCUGGGUGCCAGUUUCGAUCUGUUUACACUUACUGUCCUGAGACAGAGGAGAUUAACAAGCUGACAGGCAUUGGACCACGCUCUAUUUCUGGAAAGAUGAUUGAUGGUUUGUACAAGUAUAACUCCGACCGCAAGCAGUUCAGCAGCAUACCUGCCAAAACCUUGUCAGCCAGUGUGGAUGCUGUGACCAUUCACAGCCACCUGUGGCAAGCUAAGAGACCUGUAACCCCCAAAAAACUCUUAUCCCCCACGGCAUAGCUUGGCCUACUGAGGUUUGCCUACCUUGCUCUUGAAAUUAAACAGUUCAUUGUUGCCAAUGAGACAUUUAGAGCUUGAAAGUAGACAAUUCAACUGCUGUCUGUACACACAACUGGAAUGUAGGACAGUAACUGCGAGGGCUUAUAUUAUGCGGGUGGGUACGGAGAAUGGAUGGGGAUGGGAUUGGUUAUUUAUCAUAAGUCUUUUUGUUCAUGUGACUGGGAUGGGUUGUUGUGUGUUUACCUGAAUUCUAGGAACACAGGCAUUUUUGACACUUAAGCACUGAUAUUUGUCCAUCUGUGGUGAGUGGAAUGACUGACAUCUUGCCUUAUGUAUUCUUUUUUAUUCUGCAUUUGCAUACAUAUGUGAUGUUGAGUAAAUAUUGCGAGUGGAAGGUUUGUUGUUGUGGGGGAAGAACAAUAUUAAAUCUUUUGUUGGCACUGGGACCAGCAACUUAUGGCCUGGCAUACUUCUGUAAUGCUUUUUGGCUGUAUUAUAAUGCCUAGGAGCAGCAGGCCAGCUUACCUCAGUAUGUACAAAGCCAGUAAGGGGAAGAUUUAUCAAGGGUUGAAGUGAAUUUGAGAGAAUUUUGUAAGUAAAAGAAUUUGAAAUUCAAAGUAAUUUUUUGGAUACUUCGACCAUCGAAUAGGAUACCACGA